GAACACGCCGCUCGAAUAUUAGGUACAGAGUGCAGCCGAGUAAGAGGCGUUUCGCGUUUCGAAGCGGCAGCAGUUGAACUGUUAAAAACUUUCAAAAAAUCCAAGUGUUUUCGGCCAGUGACUUUUGUGCAGUGAUCAGUGAUGAGGCCGCCUACGGAAUACGAGGGGGGAGCGCGGGUGCCGGCGGAAGCCGAGGAGGUGGACCAGCGGGCGCCGGCAAUGAUGAUCUGCGCCCGGCUCGCCGGCCGUGCCAUUAUCCGCGUCGUCGGACGCUGCGAGGAUGCCCAGGAAAACAGCCAGCUUGACCUGUCAGAAUGCCAGCUCAUGCAAGUCCCAGAUGCAGUGUACCACCUCAUGCGACACACGGAGCUUAAGAGCUGCGAUCUCAGUGGCAACGUCAUCACCAAGAUACCUCCCAAGUUUGCAGUCAAGUUCAGUUUGAUUACAGACUUGAACCUCUCAAAUAAUCAGAUGGCCAGAUUGCCAGACGAGCUGUGCACACUGGCUUGCCUGGAGCGGCUGGACAUCUCCCACAACAGCUUUGUGGCCCUCCCGGCCAUUGCCUGCCAGUGUCCCAGCCUCCACACAUUACAUGCACACCACAAUCAGAUAAUUGAGGUAGACGUGGACCGGUUGGGGCGGUCGCGCGCCCUCGAGUACGUGGACCUGAGCGACAACCCCCUCCCCCCGCGCGUGCACGACGAGCUCAAGCAGCUCUCGCGGCCCUCAGUGGCCGUGUCCGAGCGCGUCAAGGAGGACUGGGAGGAGGACCUCCUCCUCUAGGAGGCUAGCACUUGUCCAGGGCCAGAGCUGACAUUCAUACGGGCUUUUGAUAGUUACUCGAUUUAUAGUCAUUGUAGUUGUGAACGUUCAUCUAUUAUAAUAAGUACAAGUUUUUUUAAUCUGAUAUUUUUUUAGUAUAUUAAUCGAUUAAUUAAAGACCAAUUAAAGUUAUGCUGCAUAUUGUAUGUAACAAGGCCUAUAUAAAACGAAGAAAAUCUGAGUAGCAGCUCAUGUGACAUUAUAAGUUCAGGCGCAUCUACCUGAAUUUUUAAUAAAACAAAUAUUUCAGUAACUAGCAUAUGCUAAUCGUACUUAUUAUUUGCAAAGCUCGUACCUGCGCUGUGAUACUGGCCCUAGCCUGCCUGUGAUCUAUCUGUUAGAAGAUGACAAUAUAAAUUGUGUGUUGUUAGUUCGUGCAUUGCAUAUUGUUUUAUGUACCUAAGAGUAAAUGUGGAUUCCGUUAACUGCAACGCCCAUGUUGAAAUCGUGGUUUGCACAAAAAUUAUAUAAUUAUUUUAUUUUAGAACGCAGGAUCUAUCCAAGUGCUUACUUUAUUCUGGUCCUGAUUAUUAUUACUAGUGUUGUUUCAAAGUGUAAACUAUUUUGGUUCAACCAAAGAUGAAUGAUAUAGGACCUAGAGAAAGUAUGUAGUUUUAAAGAUAUGGGUUUGUGCAAUAUGUUUCCAGUGAGUUCUCUGGGGUUGAGUGCUGUAACGGAUUUUAAAAAUAAUGAUUUUUUUUAUUGUGCUCAAAGAGAUGUGUACUUAAGUAUAUACAUAGCGGUAAGCCAGGGUGAAGUUUGUAAUUUUCUGAAUCUAUAAUGGUGAUAAGUUUUGUUCAUACGAUACUGAACUGAAGGUAGAUAUAUGAUGGACGAGUAAGACAUUGUUUAUAUAACACCAGUGACAUAGGUAUUUUUUCUA